GUCGCCCGCUGAAAGGAUGGAAUGAGUGCUUUGGCUGUCUGAUCAACGAUGAGUCCAUCUCAAAGUACUGCCAUGGUCGUUGGUACAUGUUCGACAAUGGGCCAAACAAUCAGCGCUGCCAUGACUUGGCUUCGGACAUAGUGUCAAGGGGACUGUAUGCGGCGCAGAUAGCAUGGUGGUUUCAGCAUUUUCCCCCAGAACAGUUCCUGUUCAUCAACUCCAAUGAAUUGUUUGAGGAUCCCGUUCGGGAAAUGAACAGGGUGGCCAAUUUCACUGGCUUGGAUGUUCCCUUCACAUCGGACAUGCUUCGACGCGAGAAAAAGGGCGCCAAGAACACUGGCGAGUAUGGAAAAUUCCAUGAUGCUCUGGUUGAAGAAUCCAAGGAGAUGCUGCGAAAGUUCUAUCUCCGGCCCAACGAAGACCUGUACGAACUGUUGAGGAUCAAUGGCCAUAAUUUCACGCGAUUUGAGGGCCCAGGAGCCCUUGGACCUCAGAGUGCUGAGAGCGCGUCAGAGGAAAUGCCUGAAAUGCCUGAGGACGUGCCCGGCAAUGAAACUGUCGCCGUGGCGGACGCGGCUGGGAACCUACCUGAAGAGCCAGAGGACGUGUCUGAGAACGAAGCCGAAGUUGCGGACAACGCACCUGAGAAUGUGCACCCCGAAUAUGCAGAGGAUGCACCCAGCCAUGGGGUUGAACUCGUGGACAUCGUUGAUGUUCUAAUGUAG